UAAAUACUUAUGUACUCUAUGGUGUUAACAACAACUGUCAAAAUUAAAAACAAAUACUUUUGGUUCACAUUUUCUAAAAUUAUUGGUAAACUAGAAAUUUGACCUGCACCAUUCAAAAUUGAAAACAAUACUUACUUUGCAGUAAUUAGAAAAUACUAAUGCCAUUUUUAAUAUAAAGAUAUAAAUUAUUUAUUUUCUAAUUACUAGUGUUCAUGUGAAAAUAUGUUUCGCCGAUUUUAUCACUGUUCUUGUGUGCUUUAUAAUAAAAAACAAGGAGCUAAGCUAUGUAAAAUGCUAAAUCCUAAGAAUAAAAAGCAGUGGUACCCAGUUACACCUGUGGAAGCAUACAGUAUGCCAAGUGUAAAAAGUCUGACUAAGAUAAAGUACGAGCCGGGUAAACGAGGCAUCCGCAGAGUGGCAAUGCUCAAUAAAUUAUUUAUGAAAAACAUCACAGACAUAAUGUCUACUGGAACUGUAUCCAUGCAAGUGGUUGGAAAGGGGAUUGAAAUAUCUAAGGUCAAAGUAACACCAGACUUUAAAACGGUAAAUGUAUUUUGGGUGUGCAAAGGCGAUCAGUCUGAUGAAUACACCAACAGCUUUCUUCAUUCUAUAUCUGGGCCUCUAAGACAUGAGCUGUCAACAUUGAGGCUAAUGGGAGAAGUGCCUUACAUAGUGUUUGUUAAAGACAAACAAGAAGCACAGUUAGUUAAUCUAGAUCGUUGCUUAGCGUUGGCGGACUACGGUGAAGAAUAUACGCCCACUGAAAUGGGGCACUUGCUUAAGACUGACUUUAUGUCCAAUACAAAACUAUCACCAGAGAUGAAGGCAAAAAUAAAGCAACUCGAAGAUGAAUUACCAAUAAUAGAAGAACCUCUCCCAGAAAUGACACACAAUGUAUUUGGUUUGGACCAUGAGAAGAUCAUGAAUAGGCUUCUUGCUGCGAGAAAGAAAACGAAGGAAGCUUGGGACAAUAUAGGCGCUGAUACCGGUUCUAAUGUUAUAACUUAUGGAGCACCUGGAGUCAAAGGUCCGGAGAUAGACGUUAGCAAGCAGAAGAAGGAUUUAGCGGAGUUUUUGUUGAAGAGACAGAUCUUACAAAACAAGCUUUACAAGAAACUCCGCGACGAACGCAAUACCCUAGCUGCGGUAAGCGACGAACAAGCCGAUAACGACGAAGACGAAGAAAUAUACGACGAAGAAUAUGACGAUGAUUUAGAUGAGCCCCUUAAUUUCGACAAAGAGGACUUCGCGAACUUUGGAGUUAAUAAAAGAUAAUGCUUUUUUUCAGUAUUGGUUAGUUUAUGAAAUGUAAAUAGAUAGAUUUGUAGGUAUAAAUGAAUUAAAGAAUUGA